AACCAAUCAGAAAAUGUGUGGAGAAAUGUGACAUUGAGGCCUUGCCUUGUCUUGUAGUCUUGAGCUGCCUCUUUCUACAAGUACUCUACCCUUUAUUCAGUGCCUUUUCACAUGCACCAGGGGCGGACUGACAACUCAUGGGGCCCCCGGCAAUAGGGGAUCAUGGGGCCCCUGUGUCCUUGCCCAAACUCAAAAAAGCCUAUGAAAAAGGUACCAGGGGCAUCUCAUGGGGCCCCCUACUGACCCCGGGCCCUUGCGCAGUGUCCGAGUUUCCAAAUGGUCAGUCCGCCCCU